AUGUCUUUUUCUGCUACUUUUAUAGAAGGUUCUGUUACCUUCGUUGGAAAUUCUAGUGGCUCUGUUGCCUUUGCUAAAGGUUCUAUAUCCUUUGCAAAGGAUUUUAAUGCUACAUUUGCUGAAGGUUCAGUUGCUUUUAAAGAUGAUUCUGAUAUUAGAGGUUCCAUUGUUCUUGUCAGAGAAUCUGAUACUUCUAGAAAAAAAAUUGAAAAUGAAGUACAAAUUAAUGUUGAAAUACAAUUCCAACAAGAUAGUAAUGGUAAUCAUGAAUUAUUAGUAGCCGAUUUACAUAUUCUUAAUCAGCUUAGAGCAUCAGAUACAUUUACAGCUGAUGUUAAACAAUGUGUACAAAGAAAAGAAAAAUAUGCAUAUGGGUUUGAAAAGAUAAAAAAAGCUCUUAAUUUAGCACUGGAUUUAGGUUGUGAAACUGAAUUUAUUGAUAUAGUUAAUAGAUUUAUCAAUCGUAAGAAAAAUGAUAUUGAUGAUACGAAUGAUAAAAAUAAAGAAAAUUUGAGCGUAUCUGAUCCUUUAGUUUGA